UGUAGCUGACAGGUCUACUGGCGGAGCUGAUGGUCACAGCCAGGGUGGAAGUUCUUCAUUAAACAAAACAGAGUAAAAUAAUCAAGGAAAGUUGGAGCUGUUUGCAAGAUCUGUUGAGUUGAUUGCUCAUCCUGUCAAAAAAAGUCAUAAUUUGGGACAACGGCCCUCUGCCAGUGGCUGCCAUGGCUAGCAAAAGAAAGUCAACGACUCCUUGUAUGGUGCGAACAUCUGAAGUCAUGGAGCAGGAAGGCACUGAGGGCGUAGAGGCUCCUAAAGAGAAGGGGGCUGGCACACCGCAGCAGGACUCUAAAAAAAAUUUGCCUUCAGAAAGCUCAGUCAAAAACUGCGAAGUGGUUGAGGCAAAGCCCCCAGCUGAAAAUCAGUCUAAGAAACCCCAGGGUGGUUAUGAGUGUAAAUACUGCCCUUACUCAACACAAAACUUAAAUGAAUUUACAGAGCAUGUUGACACUCAGCAUCCAAAUGUCAUUCUCAACCCUCUGUAUGUCUGUGCUGAAUGCAACUUCACAACCAAAAAAUAUGAUUCUUUAUCUGACCACAACACAAAAUACCACCCAGGAGAGACUAACUUUAAACUGAAAUUAAUAAAACGCAAUAAUCAGACUGUUUUAGAGCAGUCCAUUGAGACCACUGCUAACAAUGUCACUGUCACAAGCAGUGGGCUAGAAAAUGCAGAGUAUGAUGAUUCACCUCAUGGGGGAACUAGUGCAAGUAAAACGCCGGUGACGAAACUGGGAAAACCUAAAGGGGAAACCAAGAAGGGUCCCAAAAAGCCAGAAGAAGGAGUUACGGAAAACCACGUGGAUGGCACUCUCCCCCGCAUUAUAACUGAAGCCACUGAAGCUAUUGCUUGUAUAAAUGGAGACCUUCUCAAUGAUGUGUUAGCCCAUGUUAUGCCCUCUGUACAGCUGCCACCAAAUAUUAACCUUGUCCCCAAGGUCCCAGUACCUCUGAACAGUACCAAAUACAACUCUGCACUGGACACUAAUGCAACCAUGAUCAACUCCUUUAAUAAAUUUCCUUACCCAACACAAGCAGAGUUGUCGUGGUUGACAGCAGCAUCAAAACAUCCGGAAGAACAAAUCCGAAUCUGGUUUGCUACACAACGUUUGAAGCAUGGUAUAAGUUGGUCUCCUGAAGAAGUGGAGGAGGCAAGAAAGAAGAUGUUCAAUGGUACUAUCCAGGCAGUUCCCCAAACCAUCACUGUCCUGCCAGCUCCUUUGACAACUGCAAAAAUGCCCCAGCCCAUCAUCCAAACAGCUUUGCCUUGUCAGAUACUGGGCCAGACCGGUCUGGUUUUGACUCCUGUGUCAAAUGGUUCAACUGUUUCCUGUUCACCAAUUACACUUGCUGUUGCUCCAAACCAGGGGCAAAAGAGGACGAUACAGACCUUACCAAGUGCCCCGGAGGCCAAGCGUCCUCACGUAGUUCAGGUGCCUGAGGUUCCUGCCAAGUUGUCUGCUGUACCACUGACUCCAGCCAGUGAGCGAAAAAAGACGAAGGAGCAGAUAGCAGAGCUGAAGGCCAGUUUCAUGGCAAGCCAGUUUCCCAAUGAUGCAGAAGUCUACCGGCUGAUAGAGGCGACGGGUCUCUCCAGGAGUGAGAUCAAGAAGUGGUUCAGCGACCACAGAUACAGAAGUCAAAGGGGCAUUGUGCACAUCCCUGGCGAGGUUUUAGGACCUUCAGCUGGUCGACACGGCCGUUCUUUUCACCCAUACACAGAUUUUACUCCCCAGAGAUUCAAAGAGAAAACCCAAGAGCAGCUUAGAGCCCUUGAGGAGAGUUUCCUAAGAUGCUCUUUUCCUACCCAAGGAGAAUUGGACAGGCUUCGAGUGGAGACUAAGCUGAGUAGGAGGGAGAUAGAUUCAUGGUUCUCUGAGAGGAGAAAGAUAAGAGACAGCAUGGAGCAAGCUGUCUUGGACUCAAUGGGAUCAUACAGAAAAAUUAAAGAACAAGGAACUCCCAAUGGUGCAAUAAGCCAGGCAGAACUGCUGAGUAGCUCCCAGCUCCCUGGUGCUUUAUCUGGGUCCUCCACCACAUUUAAGAAAACCCAAGAGCAGAUUCAUCUACUGAAAAGCACAUUUGCAAGGACCCAGUGGCCAUCACCCCAGGAGUAUGACCAGUUAGCAUCUCAGACUGGGCUCACAAGAACUGAAAUAGUUCGCUGGUUCAAGGAAAACCGGUCUUCGCUGAGAACAGGGUCGCUUAAAUGGAUUGACCAGUACCAGCAGCAGUAUGUUGUUGACAGUCAUGAGCAAAGCCAGAAAAAGGGAUCAAAGCACAUUGAGAGUCCAAAGAACGGUAACGAGGUGUCUCGGCAGCAUUACCAGGAGCAUAAAAAACUGAAUGAAGAGAACGGAGGGAAGGUUGUGGCGAGAGCAAAAAGAGACUGUGAACCACUGAAAGACUCUUUGUUGGGGAAUCAAGCAGAGGGUGCGGACAGGUUGGAGUGCAACAGCCACGAUGGCCAUGGCAGUGAGGAGAACGAGGAGCCAGCAGAGGUCAACUGGGUGGAGGUGACAGUGGGUGAGGAUGAUGCUGCGUCAGACUGUACAGACAGCUGGAGCCAAACAGCACCCGAAGGCCAGGCGGAGCUGGCGGACUUUGACUCUGAAAGUAUAUCUGGAGACAAUUCCCACGUAUAAAGAGGGGUACUCCUCAGCUGCACUGUGCUGAUGUUGAAGGGGAAAUGCUGUCUGAAAAUA